AUGGAGAGAGACGAGAAGGAAGGGGUGCUGUCAGCAGGGGCCCCCAGGGAGGAGGCCAAUGGAGAGGGAAAGAAGGAUGUCCCAGAUGAACGCCCAUCAGGGCCCCCUGGUGAAGAAGAGGCUCCUGGUGAAGAAGAGGCCCCUGGUGAAGAAGAGGCUCCUGGUGAAGAAGAGGCCCCUGGUGAAGAAGAGGUAUCUGGUGAAGAAGAGGCCCCUGGUGAAGAAGAGGCCCCUGAUGAAGAAGAGGCCCCUGGUGAAGAACCACAAGAGAACCGGGGGAACGGGUUUCCGGGUCUUGAUCAUAUCAACACACGUGAAGAUUUGGAUGUGAAGAAGAUUGAAGUCAACGACCCGCCGAUAUCCAACGAGCUGAGUAUUAUUUUAGAAAUCAACAGCAUUGACGACGAUGGACCUCCCAGAAUGCAUCUGGAGACCACCGGUCCACCACAGGAGGAAGACGAAGGAGGCGUGGGCCUCCUCCAGGAGCUGCGUGUGCUCCGAGCUGAAGGCCUCCAGCGGCGCCGCCUGCUGCACAUGAAGCUCGCCGUGUUCUUCCGCAAGAAGGGCGGGGCCGCCGCCCAGCUGGACCGGGCCGCCGCGGGCUCGGAGCAGCAGCAGUACGAGAAGCUCCUCCACACGCUGACGGGCCUGAAGCUGCAGCUCGCCGCUGACUCUGGGUCAGCUGAGCAGCAGGCGGAGGCUCAGAGGUCAAAGGCCAGAGAGACGCUGGACACGGUGGAAGGCGAAUGGCGAGCGUUGGCGGCGCAGAAGCAGGAAGUCGCCGUGGCGGCGCUGAGCCGGCGCCUCGGUCGACGAGGCGCUCGGGCCAAAGCGGAGGUUGCCGUGGCAACGGAGACGCUGCUGCAGCAGGAGUUGACGCAGCGGCGCCUCGAGCACAUCAAGCUGAGGAUGAAGGUCCGCCGGCUGGAGGCGUGGCUCCGCGAGGAGGACCCCCACGCCACGGACCCCCGACACCUCCAGUUUGAGGCGCUGCAGGCGGAGCGGACGGAGCUGAAGAAGCACGCCCAGAAGAUCCAGGAGGACGCCUCCAGGAUGCAGCGGAACGUCAGCAGCAGCUUGGAGCUCCUUUCCAACGUGAAGGAGAAGCUGUACUGGGGCCAGAUGGAGGUACUGACCCUGCGGGAGCAGCUGUCCGCGGCGGAGGCCUCGGUGGCCGGGAGGCGGGACCUCCUGACCCGGACCAGGCGGAACCACAGCGGCCUCCUGAGAGACAACCUGCGGCUGCAGGAGCACCAGGGGCUGCUGGGGAACAGGGUCCUGCUGCGAGACUUUGAGGACACGCUGGACGCCUCCGAACAUCUGGAGGAACAUCUGGAGGCCCUGAGGGGCCGACGAGCCGCGAUGGUCUUCAGGAGACCCCUUCACGAGUGACCGAACUGUGCAAGUCAUUUAGUUAUGUAAAAUGUUUAAUUAUAUCUUCACGUUUCUUGUUAUGCACCAAACAUCAAGAGAAAAGAAACUCCAACGAACCUCUCAUAGUGUACCUGUUCUACUUUAACUCUCAUGGACAGUGUACCUGUUCUACUUUAACUCUCAUGGAGUGUACCUGUUCUACUUUAACUCUCAUGGAGAGUAUACCUGUUCUACUUUAACUCUCAUGGAGAGUGUACCUGGAAGCUCUAGAGCGCCAUCUUGUUUCUUUGUUAGACUUCUAACUCAGACCGCUUCCUCCGUCAGUCCGUCCUGUUGCUGGGAAACGCUACAACAAGCCAUCUGCUGUCACUCAGGAGAACUCUUCUACCUUCGGUUUGGAGAAAAGCACAAAUGGCUUUUUUCCUCUGUUGCCCUCCUGGAGGGUUGCUCCUGAUCCGAUGUGAGGUCAAAGGUCAGGGAUGUCUGUGUGUACCGAUUGUAAAGCCCUCUGAGGAUAUUUUGUCAUUUUGGGCUCUACAAAGUACACAGAAUGGUUCUAAAACAAACGAAUGAGAUGUGAAAACUAGUUCUAAAGAAUCAUGAAACCCAGGUGAGCCAGCACCGCUGGACCACCUCCGCUGUAUCCUGGAGGAAUCCUCCUGGAUCUUCUGGGCGUGCUUCUUCAGCUCCAUCCGCUCCGCCUGCAGGGGGGGGGGGGGG